AUGCCACGCAAGAAACUCUCUUGCGACUCCUGCACCAACCUGACAAUCGAAAUGCGUAUUCUCGUAUCUGCCAUUGCCAUUCUCGUAUUUGCUGUCUUCACAAGGCUCGUUUCUUCCCAAGUCACGAACCUUGCUGAGGUCAAGCGUGCUUUUGAGGACGCUGGGCUGGUGCAAGAUGUUCCCUUCAACUUCACUCCCUCGGUUUUACUCGGAGUCACCUACUUUUCAGCGAAAACCGGGCUCAAAUCUGUACGCACCGGUGCUCGAAUGUCAACGAAAGAGACUUAUUCUCCCCCAAUCUUCAGUGUUGUCGGCGACCCGGGUCUUGGACCCCUCGUCAUCGCCUUGAUUGAUCCUGAUGCCUUCUCGCACCAAGACACCUCCAUCGCCCAAAUCCGCCACUUCCUUGGGGGAAACUACGCCUUCAACCCAGCAUCAGGGCUGCUCACACUCCCCACUUACGAUGUCGAAAUUUCACCCUAUCACUAUCCAAUGCCUUAUGUGUCGUCGGGCGUUCAUCGGCAGUCCGUCGAGUUCUCUAGGCAGACGUUGAUCAACAGCACUUCCCCACGCGGCCGCUUCAAUUUGACGGAUUUUGCGCUCAAGACCAACCUGGGAGAGCCGAUCGGGGGAACCUUUAUGUUGAUGGAGCCUGAUUACUAUUAG